CAAAGAAUAAAAAAUUCAAGUCAGCCACCACAACUUUUUUUUAAUUUUGGUUGAUCGUAGAUCCACUUUUACUUUGAUUACACUUUUAUUGAAGCAGCAAUGGGUAAAGAAGUUAGAAAGUCAGCAAAGCGUAGAAGUAAUCCUUUGGGCAACAGGGUUACUUCAGGUGUUCAGCGUGGACUUGAUGAGCAACAACCAACUUUGCAAUCUGAUCAAGUCUUACCUGUCGUUCAAAAGCUAUCUUCUCAAGAUGCAACAGAACGUGCAUGGUCGGCGGCAUGUAUUUCUAACUUAGUCUUAUCAAAUACAGCCAACCUAAAGCUAUUAUUAUCUAAAGGCAUUGUUGCUCAAUUAAUUAAGCUACUUGGUGAUGACUCUCGCGAAGUUGUUGAAGAGAGUCUUGGAACAUUAAGAAAUAUUUGUUCAAUUGAUCCAGCUGUCUGUCAUGAAUACUUUGCUAAGGGUAUCUUAACGCCAUUGAGCGCUAUGCUUCCUCAAAUCUCGCAUAUUAUUGAUUUGGUCCUGAAAGAUGCUUCGCUUGCUGAUGAAGCUGAUCAAGAUAGAAGAACCUCUAUAUGGGAUGUCGCAGAGAACUUUAUAUAUAUUAUUUGGAGUUUGAGUGAAACUUCUGACAACUAUAUCAAAGCAAUUAACCGUCUCAAUAUUAUUGCAUUCUUGAUCUCAUUCUUAUCAGCUGCAGAUCAGUGUCCGACUAAGGUUGUUAUCGCUGCUGGUCAAUGCUUGACUACCCUAACUGAUGACAAUAAGGAUAUAUAUAUUGAAUUUCAAAAUCAUCCUGACUAUAUUCAAACAAUGCUUAAUAUUUUGGAUAAGUUUGACAGUCCCGAGAAGAUUCUUGUUCGUGUUCUAUGCUGCGCUAUUCUGAUGAAUAUCAGAGAAAUUGUACAAUUGUCUGGUUCUUGGGAUGACGAAAGAGACGCCGUUGAAGAGUUGAAUAGAAAGUUUAUGCCUAUUUUAAUUUCCUCACUUGACUUUGAUAUACAAAACGCUGCAAAUGAAUGCAAAGUCGCCAUUGAUAGUGGGAAUGUUACUAGACAUGACGAAUCAACUGAAAUCACCCCCAAGCCGAAACAACCCCUCACUCAGCAAGACAUUUAUAUUAACAAUACAAUAGAACGCUUAACAACCUUACAGUUGUCGUUGGAACUGUUAUCUAAUAUUUGCUUACAGGAUGAAUCAGAUGAGGAUGGUUGGGAGGAUUCAGAUGAGAAUAUGGACGAGGCCGAAGCGGAUGGUAUGGCCGACAAAUUAACAGAGGAUAAUAUUGACGAAUACUUCAACGAUAUGGAGAAAUUAGGUGGAAGUUCUGCUGCUGUUGAAGAGAAUGCUUUGCGUUCCAGCCCUGUGAUAAACAUGUUCACGGUGGAAGUCUUUCCCAGAUUGAUACAACUCUCUACUCCGACAGUACUAUCCUUCCCUCAAAACCCUACAUUGAACUUCGGUGUUACACCAUCAUUGGCUCUUACACAUCAGCGUGCUCUAGAAUGUCUGAAUAAUUUCUUCCUUGCCAUGAACGACAUUCCCUCGCAGUUCUGGUUCAAAGAACACGUAGAGGAAGCUAAAAGAACUUGGUCAUGGCUAUUUUCCACAGCAAACACAAUUGGUUCCGCACCGGAAUCGCAAGAUAGAAAUGAUUUACUCGAAAUUAUUGUUGGCUGUUUAUGGGCAUUAGGACGUGGACUAGGUCAGAAUAUUCCUUUAGAACCAUCUCAUGUCCCUAUGUUGUGCGCUGCAUUCACUGCAUCCAGUAUCGAUUCUAUGCGCGUUAAAAUUGUAGGUACUCUAGGACCCAUUGCCACAAGACAAGGUGAUAUCAGCACCAAUAAGGACAUUGGUGUUUUUGUCAUGGACCUUUUGGGUAACCUUUGCUCUCAAAGGUCUCAAGUUGAUGUUGUAGUUGAAGCCUUAAAUGUUAUCUAUGAUACAUAUAGUGACUGUGCUUUUGAUUACGAUGAACCAGUGUAUGUGCAGGGCAACUUCAACAAUCGCUUGAAGCAACUGCUGCCGUUAUUUAAGUCAAUGGUUAAGUCUGUGGACCGUCGAAAGAAUUUUGAUUUACGAGCAAGAUGUGAUGAAGCUUUGAUGAACUUGGUUGCAUUUAUUAAAUAUAAAGCUACUGAGAGAAGAUCAUAGACACUAUACUUUCUUCGUUGUAGUAAUAAACAUUUAGAUUUUCCACUAUAUCUCAUCGAUUAAUGUGGAAAAAGUAUUGUGAAUAUGCUUUUAAUUCCAAA